AUGGCCGACGAGUACGAUUUUAAGCUUUACCGCUACACUCCUUCCCUUGCGGCUGCAAUCAUCAGCGUGGUUAUUUUUGGAAUUCUUACUGGUCUUCAUCUUUGGCGCCUGUUUCGAGCGCGCGCAUAUUACUUUCCUGCGUUCACUAUUGGAGGCAUUUUCGAAGUCGUUGGGUAUGCCGGCAGAAUAUGGGGCCACUACGAUAAGGAGUCAAUUGCUGGUUAUGUUAUCCAAGCUAUCCCGAUUCUGGUUGCUCCCGCCCUCUUUGCUGCCUCAAUUUAUAUGAUCCUCGGCCGAUUGAUUCGAACUCUGGAUGCAGUGCAUUUGUCAUUAGUGCCUGUUCAAUGGGUUACCCGCCUUUUCGUGACCGGCGAUGUUAUUGCCUUUACUCUCCAAGCAGGUGGUGGAGGCGUUCAGUCUGGGGGAACUCUAGACAUGUCUAGAAUAGGUGAGAAGAUGAUUGUUGCUGGUUUAUUUGUGCAGAUAGCCUUUUUUGGCUUCUUUAUCUGCACAUCUAUCCUAUUCCACUACCGUUAUCAACUCUACCAAUCCCAUAAUGCUGCAUCAUUGAACGUCACUACACCUUGGAGGCGACACUUUCAUGUCCUUUACGUUUCAAGUCUUCUUAUUCUUAUCCGUAGCAUCUUCAGGGUUGUUGAAUAUCUGCAGGGCAAUGCUGGGUAUCUCAUCUCCCACGAGAUAUUCUUAUAUAUUUUCGAUGCAAUUUUGAUGGCAGUUGUCAUGCUUAUUCUGGUUGCGUGGUAUUUCGAAAGCCUUCAACCACAAUUACUGAAGCCAGACUCUGAGGGGGGUGUUUUCUCAUCUCUCAACACCGUGGAACUUGAAUCGCAGUAA